GUCGUCUUUUUAUAAGAAACGCUUUGAGUUCUCGACAUAUCCUACAAUUGCGACCACACUACAUACCGUGGCAACAUGAUGCUCGCUACAGGGACGACGGUGCAGCUCAAGACAGCAGCACAGUUGGUCAAGGAGCGCCGCAUCGACUUUCGUCGGGCGCAGAAAGCGUCCAAUGCCGGCAUGUCGGCGAACACCAAAUCGUCGUCGCGCGGCGUCCAAGCGUCGACAUCCAAGAAAGCGUCGUCGCUCGUGGCCGUUGACGACAUCCAUGCAUUGGUGCGAUGGGCCCAUCCUAGGAAGAUUGGUCCUGGGCUCAUGAACCUCGGCAACACGUGCUACUUGAACUCGGUGCUGCAGUGCCUCGUGUACUCGCCAGCGUUUGCCCAGUACUUGGUCCGUCGCGCCGCGGUCAACCAGGCUGCAUCUGCUCCAUCUUCCAAACACAAAAUGCAUGGUGGUGGCGGUAGUUCGUUCCAUGCCGAGAAGGCCAUGGCCCGCUUCCUCUCUCUCAUGCAUGCGCCGAACGCGCCUCGCGUGAUGCAGCCGCGGGACAUCGUCGUGAACCUCAAGCAGAUCGCCAAAGGAUUCCGCAUCGGGCGGCAAGAAGACUCGCACGAGUUUUUCCGCCAUCUCAUGGACUCGCUGCACAACGCGUCGCUGAAACAAGCUGGCUUGACUGACAAAAGCCCCGUGGCGAACUCGACGCUCGUGCACUCGGUGUUUGGCGGGACCUUGCGCAGCCACGUCCAGUGCGCCAAGUGCAAGUUCGUGUCGGCGCACGUCGAGCCGUUCCUGGACCUGUCGUUGGAGGUAUCAAGUGGGAUUUCGUCGAUCGAGGCCGCGCUGGCGCACUUCACCGCCGUGGAAACGUUAGACGCGGCGAAUGCAUGGAAGUGCUCGGGCUGUAGCCAGCGAAGCCACGCCAGCAAGGGCCUCAACAUCCACGACAUUCCCAAUGCAUUGGUGCUGCAUCUGAAACGGUUUGAUGCGUUUCACGGCAAACUCAAAAAGCACAUUGCAUUUGCCGAAACCCUCCACUUAAACCCGCGCGUACUGUCCACCCCGCCCCAGGAGCAUGCCACGUACGCACUCACGGCGGUGCUCGUCCAUGCUGGGGCGUCGCCGGAUUGUGGUCACUAUUAUGCGUUCGUAAAGAGUCCCGCGGGCACGUGGCACGAAAUGAACGACGAAACUGUCCGCGUAGUGAACGUCCACACAGUGCUCCAACAGCGCGCGUACAUGCUAUUUUAUUCGCGCCAGGUGCCGGUGAAACCGAUAGUGACAUUGAAGAAACCGAUAGUGACAUUGAAGACACCGACGUUGAAGACACCGAUAGUGACCACGAACGUUGUGGCAGGCGGGCCCAGUGACGACGGGGAAACGUCCCAAGAAAGCCUGAGUGGGGACGAUGAUGUUAGUCGUGGGGAAGAAAUCCCCGCGGUCGUCGGUACAUGUCCAAGCCCCAUCAAAGGAGGACGACCAACAACAAGAAAGGCGGCGGCGGCGGUGGUCUAUGGCCCUGCAUUUGGAGGUCGAUUGAACCGCCAUAUUCGAUUCGCUGCGCCGUGGAAGCGAUACCUCGUACCUACAUCUGUCAAUGCAAAAGCUGUCGUCGUGAAUGACGUGGCAACACACAAGCACGCCGUGGUCAAGGCUGGCUUUCGACCGCACGCCAAGUUCAAGAACAGUUUGCUGUCGGCGGAUGUCCCGCAGUGGCGCGACGAUGACGAAGAUGUGUCGGCGGAGCUGCAGAUGGAGCACAACCAACACGUGCGCAAACUCAACGCCCAGCUGUAUCAAGCCAAGCGAGCCAAACAGCCAGACUUUUGGGACCAGACGCUGGACCAGGGGAAGCUCAAGAAGGUCAAGAAACGUAAGGACUUUGUUGCCAACGAAGGCAAAGCCAACCAGUUUCAAAGGGCGCUGGAUGCCAAGAAACCCAAGCGACUGUAAUAUACGAAGAUCAAUGCACUACCAGAGGUCGUUGCUAUACAGUAUAGUUAGGG